AAGUGCUAACCUAGCACCUGUGUUUACUUAACACCUGCCAUUCACUAGACAGCCUUCUCGUUGCCUCUGCUAAAGGAUUUCCCCUUCAGAAUCAGCAGCUAAAUGAGAUCAUGAUUUUGGAAGGAACUGGCAGAAUGAGUAUCAAUGCCAGCAGCAAUCUACUUCACCAGCAGCCUUCCUGGACAGAUGGAUAUCCCACAUGCAAUGUGCCUGGCAGUUUCUAUGGAACUCAGUGGCAUGAGAUAUACCCUCAAUACUGGACCAAGUACCAGGUGUGGGAGUGGCUACAGCAUUUCCUGGAUACUAACCAGCUAGAUGCCAACUGCAUACCUUUCCAGGAUUUUGACAUUGAUGGCGAACAUCUGUGCAGCAUGACUUUGCAUGAAUUCACCCAUGCAGCUGGGACAGCCGGCCAACUUCUUUACAGCAACCUUCAGCACCUAAAAUGGAAUGGUCAGUGUGGCAGUGAAAUGUACCCAUCCCAUAAUAUCGUUGUAAAAACAGAACAAACAGAUCCGUCCUUAAUGGCCUCCUGGAAAGAAGAGAAUUAUUUGUAUGACAGUGGUUGUGGUAGCACAGUAGAGUUAUUGGACAGUAAAACUUUCUGUCGUGCACAGAUUUCCGCGACUACUACCAGUCACCAGCCUCUUGAGUCUUCAGAUGAGAAAAAAACACACGAUCAUCCCCCAAAGUCCCACACCAAGAAGCACAAUCCUCGAGGAACGCACCUCUGGGAAUUUAUCAGAGAUAUUCUCCUGAAUUCAGAGAAGAACCCAGGAUUAAUAAAGUGGGAAGACCGGUCUGAAGGUGUCUUCAGGUUCUUAAAAUCUGAGGCGGUGGCUCAGCUCUGGGGAAAGAAGAAAAACAAUAGCAGCAUGACUUAUGAGAAACUCAGCCGGGCCAUGAGAUACUAUUAUAAAAGAGAAAUACUGGAGCGUGUGGAUGGCCGGAGAUUAGUCUAUAAAUUUGGGAAGAAUGCCCGUGGCUGGAGAGAAAAUGAGAAUUGAAGAUGUCAGCAAAAACAGCAGCAAAAUCUUCUGGACGUAAAUAUUUCAAAGACUGUUCUCUUCUAUUUAUGUACCAAAAUGGGAGGAAACCCCCCCCUACUUCUAAAGGAAGAAGGAACACUAUCAUUGGUAUCAAAAUUAUUUUAGUUGAAGUAUGUCCUGUAUGGGGGAAAAAUGUACACAGUUUUCUGUGAUAUAUGGUAACAUACGAUUGUGAUUAAUUUUGACAUCUUGUGAAGUUUUUUUUAUAAGCUGCAGGAGUAAUGUGAUUUAUGACAAUGCUGUGAGUCAUGCAAGUAAAGGUGGGAAUCAUGGGGCAUUAUGUAUUUUUAUGAGUAAAAGAAUUUAAAAUAAGGCAGCCUGCUUUCUGCAUAUGAGAAAAAUAAUGAGUUCCAAUGUUGCUUAUCUUUGUAAGAGGACUCAAGGGCAAUUGUUCAGUUCAGAUCAUAUUAUUUCAACUAUGGAUACCUGUGGAGUAUGAAGUAACAUACGACUGCAUGCAUGAGGCUUAAAAGCGUCUACUUCAAGUAGCUCUCCCACAACAGUUGCACAUGCUGGAGCAUGUUAGUACAAUUAGGAAGUGAACUUUGAGUGGAUAAAACAGUAGGCCUCUCUGAGCCAUGCAGUUGUUUUAAUAGAUUCCUAGGCCAGAAAGGACCUCUUGUAUAACACAGGCCAUAAAACUUCCCCAAAAUAAUUCUUAGAGCAGAUCUUCUAGAGAAACAUCCAAUCUUGAUUUAAAAACUGUCAGUGAUAGAGAAUCCACCACAACCCUUGGCAAAUUUUCCAGUGGUUAAUUACACUCACUGUUGAAAAUGUACAUCUUGUUUCCAGUCUGAAUUUGUCUAGCUUCAAUUUCCGGACAUUGGAUUGUGUUAUACUUUUCCUUUCAAGAUGGCCCAUUGUUAAGUGUUUGUUCCUUGUGGAAAUACUUAUAGAAGCAAAUGUUCCAUAAUCACCUGGGUUGUAGUUUUGUUGUCCAAUAACAUGUUCCAUCUCUCCUACCAAUUUCUGAGUAUCUUAACAUUCUGCUGGCCUCCCUUUGCUUCAGUUACUUCAGAUGCUGGGUUCAUCCUCAGUUAGUUUAUGUUAGUAACUGUAGUUAACUGCAGGGAAAGCAUUGUGUGACUAUGAGCAUUUCUUUGGAGAACUUGUAAUAGCUCUUUUAUUGGUUAGGACUUGAUCCUGCAAAGUGCUAAAGUACUUCGUGCCUGGUGCUGAAUGCCUCUAUCUUCAUUAACGCCAGUGAGCAUGCAGCAUGUCCCAUGAUAAAGGCCCUAGAUUUCUUUCCUGCUCUGAGGUGGACUGCUAGGCUGACAUAGCCUCAAUGAUCAAAAGCCAUAAAAAAGACACAUCUAACCGGCAAACAUCUUUAAACUAACCAACUGUUCAAAUUCCCUCUGGUACCAGAUGCUUCAAAGGUUACUGUAUCCACGUAGAAAAAAAGAAAAAUGUUUUCCAGUGGUGGUUUAAUACAUUUGAGAGCAUAUGGGAGAAACUGGAGAGGGAUUAGACAAGCAUUGAGGGUUGGCUGGUGGGAAUAGUGCAAGGCAGAAAAGAUAACUCGGUGAUGAAUAAGUGCAGGGAGGGAGUUCCAAUUUCUUCAAAUGAAGGCCUGCUGCUCUCUCUGGCAGGCAAAAGUUCAUCUGAGAAGGAGUUUCCAGAACAUGGCCAAAGAAUGCAAAGCGCCAUUGCACUUAUUCUAUGAUUUCACCUAGUACUUCCCAAACACUGCUAGCAAGGGAGCAUCUACUUUUUUUUAAUCUCUGCCACUUCUUCCUGUGAUUCUCAGUUGGAUGAAAAACUCUCUCUACACACUGGAAUAAUUAGAAAUGAGCUCACACCAAUCGUAUUCAGACUGGGGAAGUUCAGGUCUGGGUCUGUAGUUUAGGCCCUUCUCUCGUGGCAAUCAUGCCAUACAGGGAGUGCACAUGCACGUCUAGCUCUCAUUGGCUCUUGGUUAAAAUCUCUUCCUCAACACAUCAAACAUUUCAGAAUGCAAGGAACUAAAAAAAAUGGAGGCAGCCCUGUAUUAUGUCAUUGGGAAACAGAAGGGAUGCUGAAGCUCAGGAUUUUGUAAAAGGGUGAGGUAGGAUCCAAUCUGAGAUGACGAUGGAGGAAUUAAGAAACUGAGAUAGAUUCCAAUUAACAUUUUUUUAGGGAUGAGGAUAUUGCAAAAAAAGGGGUCAAUGAUGAGAGUUAUACAAA